UCGCGGCUGCAACGUUUCCUACACGAAGGGUAAAGCGGCAACUGUGGCAGACCUUCCUCUCCUCUUCCGCGUCCUCUCUCGACAACAAUCUUUUCUCUUCUCUGGUCCUCUCUCUCUCCGUCUAUCAACUCAUCUCAUUUUUUUGGAGACCCUUUCCUGUCUUUGUUCUCCGGUUCGGCUUGGGUCUUGAUUCGCUUCGGAAAAGAGCCAUCUUUUGGGGGAGGAGGAAACAGGCGCUGGAUCUGCAUUCAUCGGUGAGGAAUGCGCGUCGCAACGGCCAGCGAUUAGGGCUCGCGAUCGCCGGGGGAGGACGUAGAAUGCGGCGACCUGCUGAUGACAAUAGCGACGCGACCGUUGGCACCACCACUACCGGAGCCGGCGUGGAGGAGGCGGCUGAGGACGGGGAAAAGCCUCCUGUUCAUCCUAGGGGUAGAUCGCAGGGUGGGGGAGGCGGGCGGAGGGUGACGCCUACGGUCGACUCCGCUGAGGAGGCGGCGGUGGAGAAGGUGCUACCGAACGGGGACCUGUAUACGGGAGGGUUCGUGGGCAGCGCGCCGCACGGGCGUGGGAAGUACCUUUGGGCGGACGGGUGUAUGUACGAGGGGGAGUGGCGGCGGGGGAAGGCUACUGGGAAGGGCAAGUUCUCUUGGCCCUCCGGCGCCACCUUCGAGGGCGAUUUCCGCUCCGGCCGGAUGGAGGGCUUCGGCACCUUCACAGGAGCCGACGGAGACACCUACCGCGGCCAGUGGGUGGCCGACCGAAAGCACGGAUUCGGCAGCAAGUCCUACGCCAACGGCGACUAUUAUGAGGGCAUGUGGCGGCGCAACCUUCAGGAGGGCCGCGGCCGCUACGUCUGGCGGAAUGGCAACCAGUACGUGGGCGAGUGGCGGGGCGGCGUCAUCAACGGCCGCGGCGCGCUCAUCUGGGCUAACGGCAACCGAUACGACGGCCAGUGGGAGAACGGCGUCCCAAGGGGCAGCGGCGUCUUCACCUGGCCGGACGGCAGUUGCUACGUCGGCAGCUGGAACCGCGGCGAGCCGAAGGCCCUCAACGGAACCUUUUACCCCGCCGCCACUGCUGCUUGGAAGGAGACCGACGGGAGGAGAAACCCCUUCUUUCAGUUGUAUGAUGGAUCGGCGCCAACUGCACCGCUGGUCCUUGCUCCCAGGAAGCGGUCGUCGUCGGUCGAUGGAGGAGCGGCCGGUAGGGGGAGCUCGGCGGCCGAGAAGAACUUCCCCAGGAUCUGCAUUUGGGAGUCGGACGGAGACGCAGGGGACAUCACCUGCGAUAUCAUCGACACCCUCGAGGCAUCGAUGAUGUACAAAGAUGGUUUGGCAUUCGACCAUGGAAGUGGCACCCUCAUCGGGUCUGUGCACCAGCGACGCAGGCCCAGCGUCUUGUUGAUGCAGGAGGCAAAGAAGCCGGGGCAGACAAUAUCGAAGGGGCACAAGAACUACGAUCUGAUGUUAAACCUUCAAUUAGGCAUUAGAUACUCGAUUGGAAAGCCAGGAUCGACUCAACUGCGGGAGCUGAGGCCAGCAGAUUUCGAUCCGAUGGAGAAGUUCUGGACAAGGUUUCCUCCUGAGGGAUCAAAGACUACUCCACCCCACCAGUCGGUCGAAUUCCGCUGGAAGGACUACUGCCCCAGGGUCUUCGGGCACCUGAGGAAGUUGUUCUCGGUGGAUCCGGCAGAUUAUAUGUUAGCUAUUUGUGGAAAUGACGCAUUGAGGGAGCUGUCUUCCCCUGGGAAGAGUGGCAGCUUCUUUUUCCUGACCCAGGAUGAUCGAUUUAUGAUUAAGACAGUAAAGAAAUCUGAAGUGAAGGUACUCCUUAGGAUGUUACCCAGUUAUUACCGACAUGUAUGUCACUGUGAGAAUUCGUUAGUGACGAGAUUCUAUGGUGUGCAUUGUGUGAAACCAAUUGGUGGUCAGAAGGUCCGUUUCAUUGUUAUGGGUAAUUUGUUCUGCUCUGGAUAUCAAAUACAUAGAAGAUUUGAUUUGAAAGGUUCUUCCCAUGGCCGAACAACUGACAAGGCUGAGGGUGAGAUUGAUGAGACAACAACCCUUAAGGAUCUCGACCUCGACUUUGUAUUUCGCCUUAAAACGUCUUGGUACAUAGAGCUUCUCGAACAAAUCAAGAAGGACUGCGAGUUCUUAGAAGCAGAGGGGAUUAUGGAUUAUAGUCUCCUGGUGGGAGUACACUUCUGUGAUCAUCUCUCAGCUUCUAAAAUAAGCCUGUCACCAUUUCCGGAUUUACCAAAAUUAUAUGACAAAGACUCAUUUCACCGUGGAGAAGCCUGGUCUGACUUGAGCUUCUCAGCGUCAACCUGUCAAGAUGAUCAGAUGCUGGACACACGGAAACCAUCGAUCCGUCUGGGUGCAAACAUGCCUGCAAGAGCAGAGCGCAUUACAAGAACAGAGUCCGAGCCAUUUCUUGUAGCUGGUGGUGGGUUAUCUACGCCAACACGAAGUGGUGAGCUCCAUGAUGUGCUGCUCUGCUUUGGUAUAAUCGAUAUCCUCCAGGACUACGACAUCACUAAAAAAUUGGAGCAUGCCUACAAAUCGCUGCACGUCGAUCCCAAUUCCAUCUCGGCGGUGGACCCCAAGCUCUACUCGAGAAGGUUCCAGGAUUUCAUUGGCAGAAUCUUCGUGGAAGAUGAUUAACAUGAGCUAUCAUUGCACAGAGGAUCGCUGCAGCAGUGGGAGCAACAUGCAUCAAAUGUUAAUACAUAUGUGCAGCAUGGAGUUGCAUUGUGUGAUUAUAUAGGCAAUUUUAUGGUUGCUAAAGUUGAUGGCCGAGGCUGAAUUUUGAAGCUCAGCCAUGGUGAAAGAUGUGUACAUGGUCAUUGGGGUGAGGGAGAGUUGAAUUUCGUUUCUUUUUUUUUACUUUACCUUUUGUUUUUAAUCUUUUUUCCUUCUGAUGAUAGGGAGGGAGUAGAAUUCUUUUACUUCCUGAAAUGAAGGAAUCUCUAAGCAAGCUUUUGUUAGGGGCAUAGAAUAAGGUGGAUGAUGAUGUUGAUGAUGUUUUUUAUGAGGAUAGGGAAGUAAAAUACAGAUAUUUAAUUGCACCAGCUGUUUGUGUGA